AUUGUAUGACAGACUUUAGUCUGGCUUCCGCAAACUCCACUCCACUGAAACAGCCCUUCUUAGAGUCUCAAAUGACAUUUUAAUGGCUGCAGAUGCCGGAAACUCUGCCUUGUGGUAUCCCCCAGGGAGCGUUCCUGGGUCCCCUCUUAUUCUCCUUAUACAUGCUCCCAUUAGGACAGAUUAUCAGCCGUUUUGACAAUAUCUCCCAUCACAUGUAUGCUGACGACAACCAAUUGUAUUUCUCUUUCAAACCCCAUGAGUCAAACUCUUCACUGAACAACUGUAUAGACACAAUCAGGGCCUGGAUGGCAAACAAUUUUCUGCAGUUAGUUGCAGACAAAACGGAAGUUAUGAUCUUUGCUCCAUACAGUCUUCAUUCAGAGAAUUUAUCAGAACCUUGGUGGUUUGUCCUCAUCCCUUCGGUCUUGUCUGGGUAAUCUUGAUCUCAUUUUUGAUCAUUCCAUGAGCUUCAAUGAACAUAUUAGAUCUCUGACUCGAUCCUGUUUUUUUCAUUUAAGAAACUCAGGUCUGUUGUCUCAAAUAAUGAAUUUGAGAUGCUAAUUCAUGCUUUUUAUUUCUUCCCGUUCAGAUAAUUAUAGUAUAGUACCUCCUUUCAAACAACCUCUGAACUACCUUUGAAGGAAAAUAAUUGUGUUGUAAUAUGCAGUAAUAUGUGUCAAGGUUAACAGCUUUUUAACUUCAUGAACUGUUAUAGUCACAUCACCUCCACUGACAACUGACACUGCUCUCUUCAGUGUGUUUCUACAGUAAAUGUUGGAAAGGGAUUUGCAUGCGAACUCAAGAAAAGACAGAGACUAGCUUUUGACCAUGGUUAUAGUAUCAUUCAUUCUGAGAUGUUAACAGUGAUGUAUGAUGAUUGGACACUUUUCUACUGAUAUUCAGGGCAAAUCAACAGUGAACAAGUGACUGACCUCGUGGAACCUUUGAGCAGGGCACGUGACUGAGCAAAGGUUGUGUGUGUGUUUGUAAAUCUACCACAAAAAGACAGACCCAGAAUGAAAAGCAGAGAGUAGAUCAGUCAGAAUCACAACUUUGUCAUGUUUGUGUCUGUGGCUCUAUUCUUUGCGUCCGCUUUGCUCUUCCUGCUCCUGUUUCAGAACCGCAGGGCUAAAGAUUUCCCUCCAGGCCCCCGGGCCAUCCCCGUCUUUGGGAAUCUGCUGCAGCUCAACCUGGAGAGUCCCCUUGCAGAUAUGGAGAAGCUGGCGAAGCGCUAUGGUAACGUCUACAGCCUUUUCAUCGGCGCCAGGCCCAUGGUUGUGAUCAAUGGGGUGCAGGCCCUGAAGGAAGCCUUGGUCGACAAAGGUGCUUCCUUCUCGGGGAGACCAAAAAACCUAAUGGUCAAUCAUGCCGUUCAAGUGAAAGCUCACGCCCCAGGAGUGGUUCUAGCAGAUUUCGGCCCGUGCUGGAGAGACCACCGGCGCUUCGGUCUGAUGAUUCUGAGGAACUUUGGUCUGGGCAAACGUUCCAUGGAGCAGAGGAUUCUGGGAGAGAUACAUACGGUUAUAAAGGUUCUGGAUGAGAGUGUCGGUAAAGCCAUGGACCCUCACCUGCUGUUCCACAACGCGGCCUCCAACGUCAUCUGCCAAGUUCUCUUUGCCAAACAGUUCGACUAUGACGAUGAGUUCAUGACGUUUUUCGUCAGCCUUUUUCACGAGACCUCCAAAAUAAUCAACGGCCGCUGGGGUAUGAUUUAUGACUCUAUUCCCAUGGUGCGCAGCCUGCCACUGCCCUUCCAGAAAGCCUUUAGGAUGUUCAAGGCUGCACAUGAAAGACGUUUACAGAUGUUGGCCGAGAGCAAACAGACCAGAGUCCCCGGGAAACCACGACAUUUCAUCGACUGCUACCUGGAUGAACUGGAUAAGGCGUGUGCAUCUCUUACUGUGAACGUGAAGAACACUACUGAAGUAUUCAGGGAAGAGUUUUCCACUAAUGAGCCUCUUUUGUCUCCUUUCUGUCUGUCUGCGAAGAGACGAGACGAAGACUCGACAUUUUCCGAAGACCAGCUCUGCGCAUUGAUUCUGGAUCUUCACUUUGCUGGAACUGACACGAGUGCCAACACGCUGCUCUCCGCCUUCCUUUACCUGACGAACUACCCGCGGACACAGGAGCGCUGUCAGCGGGAGAUCGACACAGUUUUGGACGGGAAGGAUCAAGUCAGUUUUGAAGACAGACACAAGAUGCCCUACGUGCAGGCCGUCAUCCAUGAGAUCCAGAGGAAGGCCAACACGGUUCCUCUCAGUGUCUUCCACUGCACCACGGAAGACACCGAGUUAAUGGGAUACUCCAUACCAAAGGGAACCAUCAUCAUCCCCAACCUGUGCUCAGCGAUGGUUGAGGAGGGACAGUGGAAAUCCCACCACGAAUUCCACCCAGAGAACUUCCUCAAUGACCAGGGAGAGUUUGUUAAACCCGAGGCCUUCAUGCCUUUCUCUAUAGGUCCUCGGACGUGUCUCGGUGAAGGUCUGGCUCGCAUGGAGCUGUUCCUCAUCCUGGUGACUCUGCUGAGGAAGUUCAGGUUCAUCUGGCCCGAGGACGCGGGAGAGCCGGACUUCGUCCCCGUCUUUGGGACGACUCAGACGCCCAAACCAUAUCGCAUGAAGGUCCAGCUCAGAGGAGCCGACAUGAAGAAUCCAAAUCAGACAUCGUCCUCAAACUGUGACUAAGUAAACAUAUAAUAAACAUUUUGUCUUAGCAUUUUAGCAUCUGGUCCAGAAUAACUUAGAGUAAUAUAGAGUGUUAGGACCAUUAAAAUAUAUAUAUGUAUAUAUAUAUAUAUAUAUACAUAUAUAUACUGAGAUUUUAAGAAAUAGGGUUUUAAUAUUAUGAGAAUAAACGAAUUUAAUGAGAAAAUAUUCAUAAUAUUUUGAAAAAAAAUUCCAACCCAUAUUUUUCUGCUUUUUGUUUUCAUUAUUGGUGAACGUAUAACCACAAAUCCUCAUUUUUAACAAAGAUGACAGGAUGAACUUUUGAUAUUCCCCCUGUUAAUGUUCAUGUCGCCUAAAAUUACAACUAUAUUUUCAUGAUAUUAUGACUUUUAUUGGUGCAAUGCAAUUACUUUUUUCUCUCAAAAUAUUAUAACUUUGUUCCAUUUUCACUUGGCCCUAAUACUCUUAAAACUUAAAUGAAGAUACACAAAUUGGACAUAAUCCAUGUCUGCCGGAUGUUUAAAUUCUGCAAACUGUGUGCGAUUACGACUUCAUGUUAGUUUUUUGACGACUGAUGCCCCCAAGUGUCCAAAAAAUGAACGCGCGCACACACACACACACACACACACACACACAUUAAUGCAGCACACCUCCCCACCUGGAUCGUUCAACAAGAGGAGGACAACGAAACACUGCUUUCCUCCCUGUUGUUCAGACGCUCAUCACAAAAGAAUCACAGAGAAAAGAGGUUGAAUCAAGUUCAGUUGUCGUGGUGUAAAUGAAUAAAUAGUUAAUUAUG